AUGAUGCUCCAUGCGGAUCACGUUUGCGACAUACCCGAUGACGACGAUGACAUACUAUUCCUUGCUGACAGAAGGCCAAUUUGGAAAAUAUACGACAGAUUGCGUUUGUCGUUGUUAGCAUCUCAGAAAAAUCCGGCCGCUCACAAAUAUCUUCGAAGCAAGGUUUCCAUAAGUCAGGAGAAGCGUCGUCAUUGGCAAAGUUACGCUUCUAUCAUUCACCCAUUUAGCAUGUUCAGGCACUACUGGAACUUACUGAUGAUUUUCGCGAUAACUACCCUACUCAUAGUCGUCCCUUAUCAGAGCAGCUUCGAAAUGGGACAUAAGUUACCGAUGUGGCACAUCAGCAAGAAUUUCUUGCUGUUCAUCUGCUGCAUGGAUAUAGUGGUUAAUUUCAGAACGGGAUAUUUCGAUCAUGAAACGCACGGGACGAUACUAGAACAGAAGAAGAUAAUCACUCGCUACGUGAAAUCCGGCACCUUCUUUCCUGACAUGCUUGGUUCCUUUCCAACGGAUCUUCUCUAUCUGACCAAAUGGGUGGAAUACACGAUGGCACGCAGGGCGACAUCUCUGAUGUGUAUAUUCCGCAUAUUUUCCCUGAGCAUCUACAUCGACAAGCUGGCCUUUGCCUACGACAUUUCUGUAGCACUUCAAGAGUUCUGUCUGAUAGUCGCGUGGAUAAUACUGUUUCUACAUUGGCAGUCUUGUUUCCACUGGUUGAUACCCAUAAUAACGACUUCCAUACGCCAACCAGAACGGCCCAGCAACAUUUCGUGGAUCGAGAUGGAUGAUUUGUGGGACGCUGACAAAUCGCAGCAAUACCUGGCCAGUAGCCUACGCGCCGUGGUCACGUUCAUGAGGGCUGGUCUGCGGUACACGAACAUACAGGACGUAGCGGACAUUUACAUGAUCAUCGUUUUCCAAUUGUUCGGCAUCGUGGCACCUUGGUUCGUCAUCACCCGGGUAAUGCAGUUCUUCAAAGGUGCUAACAGCUCCCACCUGAGGUACCAAAGCACCGUGGCCCAGUUGAAACAGUACAUGAGGCACAAACAACUGCCGCAUCCCACUCAAAAAAGGAUCGUCCGGUACUACGAGUUUCGUUACCAGCACAAGUUCUUUCGCGAGUCGCAGAUCAUCAAUACACUGUCCACCCAGAUGCGUCACGAGAUCAGAAUGCACUCGUGUCGCAAACUAGUCGAGAACGUGACGUUCUUCAACAACUUGCCGUUGACGUUGCUGGGCCGUAUCGUCGCGCUGUUGAAAGCCGAGAUUUUCUUGACCAACGACGUGAUCAUGCGAGCGAAUACAACCGGUGACUGUAUGUACUUCAUCGCCACCGGCACCGUGGCUAUUUACACGAACUCGGGCAAGGAAGUGUGCCAUCUGGAGGACGGGGCACACUUCGGCGAGGUGGCUCUCGUCAUGCCCAACGAGUUGAGGGUGGCCAGUGUCGUCGCGGUCGAGGUGUGCGAGCUGUACCGGUUGGAUCGCGACGACUUCGCCAGGACCAUACACCCAUACCCUAUGCUCUGGGAGACGAUUAAGAAGAUCGCGAUCGAACGACACGAAAAAACGAUGAUACUUAACGAACAGUAG